AUGUGGAAGGCUCUCUCCAAUGCUCUAGCUAUGUCAGAGGAGUUUCUAGUUAGAGGAGGUAACUCACCGACGUUACUUGCCUUGCAAGUCACCUUGUUUCCGAACCAAGGGUUUAGCAUUGGUAUAGUAUCCCAUCAUGUCUUUGUGGACGCUAUAACCGCACUAAUGUUUAUCAAAUCAUGGGCUCACAUCUGCAAACAUGGCACUACAACAUUACCAGAGGACCUAACUCCAGUACUAGACCGUACCGUCAUCAAUGUUCCCCCCGGUUUGGAAGAGAAGAUGUUGGAACUGGUUCCGUAUCUUUCACCGGACAAGGACAACGCAAGAACCCUGAAGCUACCUCGUACCAAGGAGGUCAGUUCAGACGUUUACCGUGUCAAACUUGAUGUGAUUCUAGAGAACGUCGAGAAACUCAAGAAACGAGCCAAGAACGAGUCGAAACGUUCUCACCUCGAGCUUCACCUUUCAACAUACGUCGUCGUGAACGCUUAUGUCUGGACCUGUUUGGUGAAGGCGCGUGGAGGUGAUGUGGACAGACCGGUGGCUUAUGAAUACGCUCCUGAUUUUAGAAACCGGUUAGGCCCAUCGGUUAGGGGCACGUACUCAGGGAGCUGCGUGUUUCCUAUCUGUUGCUUGGGACACAAGGCAAAGCACUUUCUUGGAGAAGAUGGUUUCAUCAACGCUGUAGAGAUCACCAGCGACUCUGUAAAGAGUUUGGGAACACGAGGGAUUGAGGUGUUCUUUGACUUGUACGAGGACAAAACGAAGAACAUAGAGAGAGGUACGGACAUUUGGGCAGCUUCCGGGUCAAACCGGUUUUCGAUUUACGGGUCGGAAUUCGGGUGGGGAAGACCGGUUAACAGUGAGAUUGUGUCUUAUGACCAGUGUCAGAUAUUUUGUAUGACGGAGAUGAGGGAUCAGACUGGUGGCUUGGAGAUUGGCUUGUGUUUGAAGAAAGAUGAGAUGGAUGUUCUCGUUUCUCUGUUCAAUAAUGGAUUUGAAAACUAA